AUGGCAGAUGCGGACGAUCCUCCAGUCUUGGAAGGAUUUAUUUGUCCUAUUUGCAAGAGUGACCUCGGGGAUGCUACCAAGUUACUGUCUCAUUUCGAGGAUGUACAUUCCGAAGAACAAGAUUUUAUCAAAUCCUUCAAGGAUUUGUACGAUAAGGCCAAGAAAAAGAUAUUGAAGCAAGACACUCCAUCAUCAACUGGUAUAAAUAACGUUCGCCAGACAUCAGCUGCCAGCUUUGAUUAUAGCCAUGAACCUCAAGAAAUUGGUACUACGCGCAGCCGUAAAAAAAAAUUUGAUGCUAUACGGGACGAGCGAAUGCAAAGACUAGCAGUUCCUACAAAUCAGUUGAUCAUUCGGUUAGGAAAGCUUCUUGAAAAUAUGCCUACUGAUCCUCUCAAAAGGAAAGUGCACGAACAGAACAUAGUUGCUUGGCUUGAUGGAGAAACGGUAGAUCGGUGCCCGAACUGCGCCGGGUCGUUCUACCUAGCCAGGCGGAAGCACCACUGCAGGACAUGCGGCAGCAUAAUGUGCAAUGAUUGCAGUCACUUCAUGUCGUUGAACACUGCAAGAAAGAUUCUUGACAGACCCGUCGAAGAAAUUCCCCAAGGGAACACUGAAAAAAACCUUCGACUGUGCGUUCAUUGCAUCAGUCUGUUAGAGGUGCGGGAGGAGAAGAGGGAGAGCCGCAGCGCGAAGCCCAUCCUCAGCCAGUUCUACCAGCGGCUGAGCGAGCACAAGCAGCAAGCCCACGAUCUCAGGCUCCAGUAUCUCAAGAUGUACAACUCUCUUACGAAUGGAGAGUCUAUUUACAGCUUAGACGAGGCCCAGGUUGUCAAAUUGAAGUUACUUAAGUUAGCGGAAAACAUUGAUGCUUUGAGUUCCAAAAUAGCAGUCCUAGGUAAGGGAACGGAAAACCCUCCCCAGGGCCAGGCCCUGCGACUGCAGAACAUGGUUCGCGCCGCGUCCGCAGUUUACUUGAAGACGCACCUCCUCAACCUGCCUGGUCUUCCCACCGAAGAACAGUUCGCAGAAGCACAAAAUAAGAGAAGAGAAGCGAUCAAUGCUCGGAUACAUGAAGAGAAGAAGAGAAAAUCCAGGCUUAGUAAUCAAAUAAAUAACGUGAAAUCGGGACCGUCGUUGCCAAAGCAGUCAUCUGACCCGACCGUCAGCCUUGGACAAGGCUGGGUUCCGGAGAAGACUAAAGUGAACGAGUACGACGACCCCUUGAUAGAACAGAUCAACAUCAUCAGGAGCUACAUCAAAGAAGCCAAAGCUGCGCACAAAUAUGAUGAAGUUGCAAGUUUGGAAGAGAAUCUGCAAGAACUGAAAAAGGAAUUUUGGAAGAAGCAGACAGAACAAGAACUGGCCAAGUCUGGCGAAUCAAGUGAAGCAGCCAGCUUAAGUAGCUACGACGAAGUAAGGCAAAGCGAUUCUAGCCAUUAG